GCGUCUGAGUCCCCUGCCGGCGAUAGACGAUCAAUUGAGCAAGCAGAAGCUCAGCUGCGGCGUUGUAUAUAAACGACCGUUGUAGCCAGUCUGCGAGCAUGUAUCUUAUCGCAGUGAUAGCUCGUUCUAUGCAGCGAUGAUGCUUCUCGAGAACCUCCUCACGGCCUCGACGUUGGUAGGCCUCGUCUUUGCAGCUCCCACAACUCCAACUCGCAACAACGGCUCCCCUUGUGCUGCCGUGAGUUCUGCUGUCGCUGCUCAGCCAGGCGUAGCGACUCCUACUGUCGGCGCAGAGCUGGCUUAUGAGUGCAUCAACAGCGUGCCACUCAACAAGACGGCUGCCCUGAACCUGAUCCAGGCCGUCAAGCCGUACUUUCGCUGGCAGAGCACGACCAGUUGGCUCAAGGACCCGCCGGCUGAGUACGUCGCAAAGGUCCAGGAGCCUGUCGACAUCUUUGGAGAGCUCGACGUGAUUGAGGAGAAUGUGAAGAGCAAGUGGACGAAGGAGUACGAGUUACAUGGGAAAGCUUGGCGCCCGAUGCACGUCUGUGCCACUAACACGCGUUUUUAUAUAUAAUUAAUAUUUUACGGCAUCGUCGCUAUACUACACGUAUAUAGAGUCUAUAACUAUAUAAUAUAGUAUAUAAGAG